AUGCGGAGGCAAGAGGAGGAGGCGAUGGAGGUGCCGAAGCUGACGACCCCGCAGGCUGUCGCGGACCAGCGAGCGAAAGAACUGGACGCGAUGGUUGACUCGGACAGACACGCUGCCCUUCAGCGGGUCAAGGCGAAAGCCGCAGCUCUCGCUCGUCGUCCGACUGCUCGCGAGCAGGCAAAGUCUCCAGCUGAGACUCAGCACAAGGUGGUGAAGGCGAAGGAGGCGGGAGGAGCGACAGGGGAGAGUGGGGCGAAGAAGCUGCAGGCGUAUCUGCGGGAGGAGAAGGCGCUCAAGGAGAAGAUCAAGCGAGCGGAGGAGGCAGCGGCGAAGAGAGACAAGGGCGAGGAGGGGACGGAGGCAGCGGGAAGAGGAAGAGGAGGAGCGGAGGGGACUGUCGUCUCUACUCUGGCGAAGACCCUGUACGCCAACAAGCAGACCAUCGCCAAGGACGAGAAGAUCGCCGCGAUGCUCAGGAAGCAGCAGGACUCCCUCCAGCAGGACAUGCAGCGACUGAAGCGAAAGAACGACAUGCUGGCGCAGCAGAAACAUUCCAGCUGA